GAGUGCAAAUUUCAAUCCGUAUAAACUGGCGUGCACAAAACGCAAAGAGGCGCAUCUUAGCCAUUUCGUGCGCAAUCGGUCGUCUAAUAAUCACUAUUCCUCCCAACAAAUACCAAACGUUGUCUUCCCUCUUUGAGACCUCUCAUCCAACUCUCUCUGCCUUCUUCCGCCCUGAAGGGAGCCUUUGGAGCUUAUUUACUCGUGUGCAAAUCUAUCAGCAGUGAAGAUGUAUUUUGAUGGAUAUGGGUAUCACGGGACAUCAUUCGAGCAGACGUAUCGAUGUUAUCCUGCAUCAUUUAUUGAAAAGCCGCAACUUGAAAGUGGCGAUAAAAUUAUAAUGCCUCCCUCAGCCCUUGACCGCCUCGCAUCACUACACAUUGAUUAUCCAAUGUUGUUUGAGCUUCGUAAUGACGCUGCUGAGCGGGUCUCUCAUUGUGGGGUGUUGGAGUUCAUUGCAGAAGAAGGCAUGAUCUACAUGCCUUAUUGGAUGAUGGAGAAUAUGCUCUUGCAAGAGGGGGAUGUUGUGCGAGUGAAAAAUGUGACUCUUCCAAAGGGAACAUAUGUUAAACUUCAACCUCAUACAAAGGACUUUUUAGACAUCUCAAAUCCAAAAGCUAUCUUGGAGACAACUCUAAGGAAUUUUUCGUGCUUGACCGUUGGGGAUAGUAUUAUGGUAGCCUACAACAACAAGAAGUAUUAUAUAGAUAUCAUGGAAUCAAAGCCUUCUAAUGCAAUAAGUAUAAUUGAGACAGACUGUGAGGUGGACUUUGCACCUCCUCUUGAUUAUAAGGAACCUGAAAGGCCUGUGGCACAUGUUCCUCUGAACAAGGCAACAGCUCAAGUUGAAGAGGCCCCUGCUGAGACUGAACCAAAAUUCAACCCUUUUACUGGAGCUGGAAGGCGCUUGGAUGGGAAGCCUUUGAAAUAUGAGCCUGCACCAGCUUCCUCAUCAGGAUCCAAAGACAAGAAACCUGUGGUUGCCAAUGGUACCGCACCACCUUCCACAGGAUCUAGUUCACAAACUGGCAAUCGUCAGGCUCAGGGAAAGCUAGUUUUUGGAGCAAAUGCUAGCCGUAUUCCAAAGGAGACACCAAAGAAGGAAGCUACAAAAGACGCUAAACAAGAGCAGCAACCUGAAAAGAAAGAAGAUCCCAAGUUCCAGCCAUUUACAGGGAAAAAGUACUCACUAAGGGGUUGAUCGGAUUCUGAAUCCACUGUAUUUUUAACUUAUGUUGCUCCUGCCAUCUGACCUCUGGUGCAGAUUGGAUGAAUGAUAGAAGAUUCUAAAGUGAUCUCAAGUGUUGUAAUAUUGAGUGAAACAUUACACAUGCUGAAACCGAGGAUAGAAAUACAACUUCUGUUUGCGAAGCAUCUGUUUACCUCCUGGGCACCCUGGAUCCUUUGCAAUAUUACAAUGUUGAACUUACCUGAGCUGUUAGAGCUCUCUGAUGUACCAAAAUUCUGAGCUCCAUCAUACCGCCUUUUCAAGUCAGUGUGGUCGGUUGAACUAAUCGCCAAUUUGAAGAAGAAAAAGCUGACUUGUUAUAUUGUAGUCAUUUUUCUUGGUGCCUCAUAUUGAAUUCAGGUUACGAGGCAAUAUCGCAACUAGCAUGUCCGUCCGUAUGACCAAUUCUUUUGUCGUUUCACAAAUCAUAAAAUAUGCUCAUUUGUGUUAUUUUUGGACACAUUUUUGUAAACGUUAUGAAUUUCAGAACAAAUUUAGAUCCAUAAUAUUUGCUCUCGAAGAAAGUUUAGAUCCAUGGUGUUUGCUUUCCAAAAAAGCAUAUAAUGACG